GCGAGGGCUGCGCCUGUCAGGGAAGGUGGCGCGAUGGCGGCGCUUUAUGCUUGUACGAAGUGCCACCAGCGCUUCUCCUUCGAGGCGCUCAGUCAAGGCCAGCAGCUCUGCAAGGAGUGUCGGAUUGCCCAUCCUAUGGUUAAAUGUACUUACUGUCGCACUGAAUUCCAGCAAGAAAGCAAAACCAACACGAUAUGCAAGAAAUGUGCUCAGAAUGUGAAACUUUAUGGGACGCCAAAACCUUGCCAGUAUUGCAACAUCAUCGCUGCAUUUAUCGGUAACAAGUGCCAGCGUUGUACAAACUCUGAGAAGAAAUACGGACCUCCACAUUCCUGUGAACAGUGCAAACAGCAGUGUGCCUUUGACAGGAAAGAUGACAGGAAAAAAGUGGAUGGGAAGCUUCUCUGCUGGCUUUGCACGCUGUCCUAUAAACGAGUGUUACAGAAAACCAAAGAGCAACGUAAACACCUGAGCAGCUCUUCCCGAGCAAGCUUGCAAGAGAAGGAACAGUAUGGUAGGCUCAGCAGCAGUGGCCACUAUAACAGCCAGAAAACAUUGUCCACGUCAUCGAUUCAGAAUGAAAUCCCAAAGAAGAAGCCCAUGUUUGAUGCCAUAUCAGCCAACGGGGACAGCGUUCCUUCCUCUCCCGAGAUGCUUUGCCCCCCUAUCCAGAGUGCCCCGUCCGUGUUGGCGCAGUGGGCCGCUUCCCAACAGAGUCUCGUUGCCCACGAUUGUCCUGUUUCUCAAGGCACUGACAUCCUGAAUUUUUCUCCAGACCUUGCGUUAGAUUCUCCCGGCACAGACCACUUUGUCAUCAUAGCCCAGCUGAAGGAAGAAGUGGCCAGCCUAAAGAAAAUGCUACACCAAAAGGACCAGAUGAUCCUGGAGAAAGAGAAGAAGAUAACCGAGCUGAAGGCUGAUCUGCAGUAUCAGGAAUCCCAGAUGCGGGUUAAAAUGAAUCAAAUGGAAAAGACUCACAAGGAAGUCACAGAACAAUUGCAGGCCAAGAACAGAGAGCUCCUGAAGCAAGCUGCAGCUCUAUCCAAGGGCAAGAAGCCCGAGAAGCCAGGAGUGAUCACCUCCCCUUAAACGUGACACAGAAAUUCGUCCCACCACAAAGGAGCCUUUGGGCU